AUGCGUACCCGCGUCUUGAUGGUGGUGCGUGAAGAAGCUGAUCGUGUGACGGUAGGACGUCGUGACGAUGGAGGAGUGCCCUCGUGUUUAGGAGAGCUAUCAGGUUCUGCAUCACGUCUCCUACGAGGAAGUGUCGCAUAUUUAUCGGCUGUAGCUCUUGUGGUGUUAACAUCGGCUACUGUCGUCAACCGCGGUCCAUUCGCUGGCCAUCUUUUCUCUUCGCUCGGCGAGUUCGGUGUCCGGCACCGUGCUGUCGAGGUUUUGGUAGGCUUUGCACGUAACGCAGGGCUCUCACGUACGAGAUUUGGCAAGUCAGCUGUAGGCCGGAUUCUUGGUUUAGGUGUCAGCGGUCGCGGCUUUUCGGGUGGUGUUGGUUUCUCUCGACUCCUAGCACGUUCACGGGUGGCCAGGUUGGGGCCGCGUGGCGCCGUUAUGGGUCGUGGCGCUGCCGAGCUGACAGGUGAGCUUCGUUUCGGCUCAGCGACGUUGACAUUGACGCGCCGUCGUGGACGCGGCGGUGCGCCGGCAAGUGACGAGCUUUCAGAACCGCAACCAGAGCCACACGAGACUACACUAGAGGCGCACGACCUGGACCCACCACCACUAGAGAGCGCACGACCACAUCCUUCUACUCCGCUGUCACUGCCAGCAGCGCCAAGAGCAAGUUCGUCUCCUGCUGGCAAGCUAUCUAGGUCACCCAACGACCUUGCAUCAUCAUUCGGUUCGAUAGGCUCUUGCUCAAUGAAAGGUUCCUUGGCCAGUGGCGUGCCGCACUUGCCUUCUGUAUUGACUGUCUCAACACUAACUUUACACUCUUCUUUUUUAUUUUCACUUUGUUUUCACCAUUACAUUUAUUCUUGUUAUCAUCACUUCCGUCUUUAUUAUCUAUAUUUACAACACUAG